UACCUCCAAUCAGCGGCUGUGUGCGGGAAGUUUGAAUUUUUUCGAUUCUUGUGGUAGACGUUCCUUCUUCGGAGGCGGCGGUGGUCUUCCGGGCCCAGAGAGUUCCUUUUAGUUUGGUUGAGGUUUAACGCUAGAAACUGCCUCAGGAUGUCUUCAUCACAUUUUGCCAGUCGGCACAGAAAGGAUUUAAGUACUGACAUGAUUAGAACUAAAAUUGCUCAUAGAAAAUCACUGUCUCAGAAAGAAAACAGACAUAAGGAAUAUGAACGAAAUAGACAUUUUGGUUUGAAAGAUGUCAACAUUCCAACCUUGGAAAGUAGAAGUCUUCUUGAAUUAGAUGAGACAUUUCAAGAGCUUGUUCCAGAAAAGGCCAUUAUCAAGCCAAAGUCAACAAAAACUGUUGUCUUUGAUCAACGAAAACAGAUGCUCCAAAAAUACAAAGAAGAAAAACAACUUCAAAAAUUGAAAGAGCAGAGAGAGAAAGCUAAACGAGGAGUAUUUAAAGUGGGUCUUUAUAGACCUGAUAUGCCUUGUUUUCUUUUCUCAAACCAGAAUGCUAUGAAAGCUGAGCCAAAAAAGGCGGUUCCAUCUUCUGUACGGAUUACAAGGUCAAAGGCCAGAGACCAAAUGGAGCUGACUAAGAGUGAUAAUGGGAUUGAUGUUCGAGCAAGCCGACCUGGUCAAAGACAGACUUCUGAAAAGAAAGUGUUGGACAAAGAGAAAAAAGCUGUACAACCUGUAAUGCUGCCAGUGAGAAUGACUCGAUCAUCUACUCAAGCAGCAAAGCAGAUUGUCAAAGAAAUCCCGUCUACAGCAGCAAGAAAGCCAGAGACAAGGGCUAUUAAUGGUAAUGAAGCAGACAGAAAGGCACCAAAUCAAGGAAAACCUGCCAAAAAGAUAGGAACAAAACUUGACAAGGUCAUUUCUUUUAAAGUUGAUAAUGAAGAAAAUACUUUGGAUUCACAAACCAGGGCAACAAAUGGAAUGAAUACAGAUGGAGUCUUAUCAAAAAUGGAAAAUUUAUCUAAGACAAACAGUGCAAAAAUGAAAGGGAAGAAUUCCUUUGCACCUAAAGAUUUUAUAUUUCAGCCACUAGAUGGUCUGAGGACCUAUCAAGUAACACCUAUGACUCCCAGAAGUGCCAAUGCUUUCUUGACACCCAGUUAUACCUGGACCCCGUUAAACACAGAAGUUGAUAAGACUGAAGCAACAAAAGAAAUCUUGGCACAAAAAUGUAAAACUUUCUCUGCCAAAACAGUACCUCAAGAUUCAAGUAAAUCACAGUGUCCUUUGGGUUCUCUAACAGUUUGGAGUAAAGAACAUGUCUCAAAUAAAAAUGAAACUACUAAUGAAAGUUCAAAUAGCCUUUCAGUAAAAGAAGAAGUCCCAUCACUUGAAGUAAAUGAAGAUCAGUUAUCUCAGCCACAACAUGAUGUGCCAUAUUUCAGAAAUAUUCUCCGGUCAGAAACUGAAAAGUUAACUUCAUACUGCCUUGAGUGGGACAGAAAACUUGACUUGGACAUUCCAGAUGAUGCUAAAGAUCUUAUUCGCACAGCAGUUGGUCAAACAAGACUCCUUAUGAAAGAAAGGUUUAAACAAUUUGAAGGACUUGUGGACAAUUGUGAAUAUAAACGUGGUGAAAAGGAGACUACUUGUACAGAUCUGGAUGGAUUUUGGGAUAUGGUUAAUUUUCAGAUAGAAGAUGUAAACCAAAAAUUUAGCAAUCUGACCAAACUUGAGGAAUCUGAAUGGCAAAACAAUAACAAUACAAGCAAAAAAGUUUUUCGGAAAAAAGUUGUCUCAGGUAUAGCAAGUAAACCCAAACAGGAUGACGGUGGAAGAAUUGCUGCUAGAAAUCGCCUCGCUGCCAUAAAAAACGCAAUGAGAGAGAGAAUUAAGCAGGAGGAACAGGCUGAGGCAGCAGCCUCUGUAAUGCCAAAGGAAGUGGAUAAAAUAGUGUUUGAUGCUGGAUUUUUCAGAAUUGAAAGUCCCAUUAAAUCAUUCUCAGGACUUUCUUCUGAAUGCCUUUCUCAAAGACUUAAAACACCUAAGUCAGUCAGCAAAACUGUGUCUGAGACCAGGGCUGAGAUGGGCCUUGUAAGACAAACUACAUCACCAGAGAAUCCUGAUCCUCAGGGUGCCAAAAGUGAACCUGUUGAUAAGACUUUGAUUUCAAAUAUUCCUGGAAACAGAAACAGCACAGGAGAAGAUGCUAAGUGUCUUGGUUUACAAGAUUUAAUUGAAAUAAACCAUGGUAUAAAUAAGAUAAACUUUGAGAUUGGUUGUUUAUCUAGUGAAAGAAUGAAUUUGGCUCUCCAUGCUAGCAAAGUAGCAGAUGAUAUUAAUACCAACAAAAAGGAAGAAAUUUCAGAUGUUGUGGAAGGAAUGGAACUAAAUUCAGUUACAACACAGGAUGUUUUGAUGAUUAGCCCUGAAAAAAAUAUACAAUCACAAAAUAACAUCUCAUGGGAAGAAGAAACGAAAACUUCUCAGUCAGUAUUAUGUGAUAAUAAAAGUCUCACUACUGAAUGCCAUCUUCUUGAUUCAAGCUGUCUGAUUCGUAUUCAUGGAUGCUGGCACUGAAUAGUAGGACAUAAAUGGAAGAGUGCUCUCUUGCCUACUGAGUGUUUGCAGCAUUGGUUUUCAGCCCUACUCCUGGAUAUUUUUAUUUCAGUGAUCUGGUUUUGGACGUUCACCAGGCAAUUCAUGUAGCCAGGGUCAGCAACUCUGGUUUACAGCCUUACCUUGAAAUUUUCCAGGAACAAUUGUUAAAAUGAGUCAGGGAAUGGGCUUUUUUGCUAAUCUUGAAUCUCAGAAUAUAAAAAAUUCAUUAAGGCAAAUGUAGGAUAAAACAGCAACAGUUUUUGUUAAUCUCAUGAAGCCUGACAAAGGCUUGGCUUUCUAAAGCCACUAAUUCCUUAAGGACCUCUGACUAUGUUGACUCUUACUAUGUUUUAAAGCUGCCUUCUCCGUAGUCAGCCUUCUGGGCUCGCUGUAUCUCAGGAGCAGAAUGAUUACUGUGACGUGCACUGUUCAUUCUUGGCCUUAGCCUCCUUUACUCAGAGGCUGACACUUAAAGGACAGGGAUUUCAGCAUGAGGCCAGUUUAUAGAAACCUGAUUUAAUCUUGUUCCCAGUUCUGAACUCUGAAUGAUUGGUUCUGAUAAUAUAUGAUAUUAUAAGUAAGUCUAGAAGUUAAUCAUAAUAUUCUGUUUUUGAUAUAUUAGUAAUAAAAUUGCUUCACAGUUAUACAUUUUAUUGUUGAUAAAUCUUAGUAUCUUAUAACUUAGUCUCCCUGUGAGUUAUUUUCCAUUCCCAUAAAUACUAGAAUUUAUAUUCUAGGAUUUUUUAAAUAGGUAUACCUUUAGACCCACAUUAUUACUAGCUCUGUGCGUCAUUUAAACCUGAAGUAGGGCUUGAGGGAGAACAAAGAGAAGGAUCCUGGCAGGAUCACACCAGUAAAAGACCUGUUAAUUACAAUCAUGUGUACUAGGAUGUGUGGAAUCUGCAUAAGUGGCCUCAGUUUUAUUCAUCCUGCAUGUGUUACUGAAGUCUGUCACUUUUUAAGGCAUGUAUUCCUUUUUAAAAUUUUUUAUUUUUUUUUAAAUUUAUUUUUAACUGGAGGAUAAUUGCUUUCCAAUGUUGUGUUGGUUUCUGCCACACAAAAGUGUGAAUCAGCCAUAAGUAUACAUAUGUGCUUUCCCACUUGAAGCUCCCCCUCACCUUCCACCCCACCCCACCCCUCUAGGUUGUCACAGAACAUCAGGUUGAGCUCCCUGUGUUAUGCAGCAACUUCCCACUAGCUAGCUGUUUUAUAUAUGAUAAUCUAUGUUUCAGUACUUCUCAAUUUGUCCCACCCUCUCCUUCCCCCACUGCAUCCAGAAGUCUGUUCUCUAUGUCUGCAUCUCUGUUCCUGCCUUGCAAAUAGGUUCAUCAGUACCAUUUUUCUAGGUUCCAGAUAUAAGGUAUAUAUUCCUAAUAUACUUUUCAAUUAAAAAAAAAACUAUAUUUUGAAAUUAGAUCCAUGGAGGGUAGCAUAACAUUAUGUUACUAAGAAUUUUAUCAUUGUGUACAAAAAAUGUCAUUUAUAUUAUUAAUUAAUCCACUGAAAAUUUGAAAGAUUGAACACUCACUUGAUAAAACUCUUGAUAGUUACUUUAGUGG